UGAGUGUAUUAUAAUUUUGUGAUAAAAAUUUCAAGGAAAAAACACACACAACCUCCUUCCUCCCCUUCCUUCGGGGAGGGAAGAGCAAGCGUGGAGAGAGAAAAAUCUAUCUGAGACUGAGCAGCAAGGACAGUGAGGGAAAAAUAUAUGAGUGGGAGAGAGGGAGACAGAAGAAGAAGGAGGAGGAGGAGGAGGAGGAGGGGGAGCAAAUUAAAAGUUGCCAAAUGGAGAUAUUGGGUUUCAAGAGGAGUGAGACAGGAGUGUCAUGGAUGAUGAAGACGACCGCCGUCUUCUGGAUUUUUUAGGAGAUGUGCAAGCAUUGAAUGAGUAUCUUCAUGGUUCAAAUAGUAAAUCUAUUGGAGAAGAUGAUGUGACAAAUGCAGCAUUUGGGUCGGCCAGCUCAUUCUUCACCAGUGACACCAGUGGCUCCAAUGAAGAACUCAAAGAUGGACACAAUCAUUUGGGAGAGUUUGGGGAGGCUGGUGGAGCUGAGCUUCAGCUCUCAAGCAGUCUUCCGUUCAUCGAGGAUGACCUCGACGGUGGAACCUCUCCGGAUCUUAGUGGCGAGGACCAACCAUUUGACAUCCUCCAGAAGUCAUUGCUGGAAGCAGAUAUCACAGAGCAGACAUUGGCUCAAGAAGCCCUUUUGGACUCCCAGCCAUCUCUCAUUCCUACAGCUACCGCCUUCCCUCAGCAGCUGGUCUCUGGAGGGUUUGGAGGUGUCUCGGGUCCUGGUGUGGUGGCACCAUUGGCACAACCUCAGGCUUUUAUCCAGCAGGUUCCCCAACUACCCUUGCCAAAUGGCCCCUCUGGACAUAUCCAGGUAGUGGGAUCCUUCAGUGGCAGUGCCUCCUCUAUGAUGACUAUCAACAGUUUGGAACAGCCUCAGAUCCUGUUGAGGCAGAGCGGAAAUGUAGUAACAAACAACAGCGGGCAGGGUACCAUGUUCACCCCUUCCGCAGCUGGUCAGGUGUCAAUGUCUUUCAAUAAAGGAACGAUACCACUUCAGAAUAUUAUCAUCCAGAGAGGCCCUACGCAACAGGCAUUGGUUAGACCGAUUCAGCCUAAACCCUUACAGGCAGGAGGACAAACUGUAUACAAUAUCAGCAACAUCGGGCUUCAACCUAGCACCAACACUGCUGCGAAUUUAGUCAGUGGCCCCUACACAACAACUGGCUCUCCUCAGUCCGCUCAACAGGUGAAGGUGGUCAAUCCAGCCAGCAGCAUUGUAAUGCAUUCACCUCUGGGGCAACAAGUACAACCACAGUCCCAGUCCAAUCUGCCUCAGGGGCAGUUUUUGCUACCCAGUUCCAUUUCCCUAACCCCUGGUACGACUGUUCACAGCUUCCAGACUGUGAAUGGGCAGGUGUUACAAACAAACACUCAAGUGGGUGAGCCGGGGUCAAUAAGCACUACCACCUACUCCAUCCUUACCAAUCAGAACACAACAGUACAGCUUAUCGCUGGGCAGAACUUUUCAGCUGGAGGGCAGCUAAUAGUCAAUCAAGGUUUGGUCAGUGGAGGUCAAAUAGGCCAAGCUUCACCCACACCUGUUGCCACAACCAAAGUUUGGAAUGCCAGCGCGUCCCCUAGCCCAUCGCCUCUACAGACGUCACAGAGCCACCUCACCAUGGUCAGUUCUGGAGUUCAAGGCCCACAGGUUUGUCAGCAGUUAUCUGUGAGUCCAGGACAGCACCUCCAGCACCUUAUGCCUGUGGGCCAGAACGCUCCAACAACUUCAGGCGUUCCGGAGUUUCAAGUCUCUCUAAACCAGAACACCACAACAGCAACACAAAGAGGGCAAACACAAUUAGUUAAUCUCCUUGGUACCAAAGCUGUGAAAACACUCACUCCUGCCAGUCAGGAAUUGCCUCUCACACCGAAGCGACCUGCAACUCAGCAACUUACUAGAGGAGGAAUGGUCCUCCAGCAGUUAAGACAGGAUCACUGUAGAGUCAUGUCUUCAGAGCGGACACCCUUCACUUCAUUAAACGAUGGCAUUUACAGAUUACUGCCCUAUCAUGUUUUCCAAGGCUCACCACCACAAGAUGAAGACUUUGCCAAAAUUGAUGAGGAGUUUGAGGCAGUUGCCACACAAGUGCUCAACAGAACGCAGGCCAUGGUGAACAAAUACAGACGCUUACUCAUGGUGGAAGCAGAGAGGUCUAGCCCUUCAUCAGAAAUGGUGAUGAUUGACAGGACUUUUAACCAAGAGGAACGGGGCAACUUGACCCAAGACAAACGAAUGAUAUUAGUGGAUCCAGAUGGCUUCCUGGAAGACUUCUGCUGUGGCCGUAAACUAAGGAUACCAAGUCCCGAAGUCUUGACCCCUGUCACCAAUGAGGGCAAUCCCAGCACAAUGGAAACAUCUCCAAGGCAUUCCAUAAGUCUCACCGUGAAAGAUGGGCAGGGUAUGAACAGCCACACAGAACCUGCUUAUAGGACAGAAUCUCAACAACAAGGAAUGGAAGAACACAGAAGAACUCCCAUCAAGUGCAUCCUGGACCUCAAAAAAAAGACAUCCAGCACCGUAAUGAGCAGCAACAGUCAACAUGCUCACUACCCUACAUCUCCCAGCCAAUCAAAGCAUAGCUCUGCCCAAGGCUACCCUUCGAGCCUGGGACGGGGCCACGAAGAACAACUUCCCUCAGAUCAAAAUCACACUUCAUUGGCUGACACAGACUCUGUGCUUGAGGCUGCUGUGAAUAGCAUCUUAGAAUGUUAGACAGUGCCAUAUUUAUGUGCGUUAGUCGUUCCAUGUUAAUCUCAUUUCAUUUCAUGCCAUGUGUGUGCGAGCUGAACUUCACGGCAUGUGUGAAUGGACCUACGUUGGCAUUAUCACGGUUUGAAAUGCACACAGCAGCUCUGACUAGGUUGAGGAACAGGAAGGUGAAUCUAAUGAUAGUAAUACUCUAAUACUGUGCCUGUUGUUCUAGAGAAGUUUACAUUAAGAAAGCCUUUUUGACAAUGCUUUACAGGAUACACUUGCAAUCACCCACACACACACACACACACACACACAAUCAAGCAGUAAGUAAGUGUGAUGUUUGGAAAGUCAUGAGUAGACAUUGAUAUUUGUAGCGUAUCGAUCAAUAUCAGACACUUAGUCUAAUAGUCUGUCCGCACUUAAGGUUUUAUGGUUGUCUCCACACUUAUGUUGUAUCAUUGCAGUAGACUGACCAAGUGAGGCACACAAACACACCUGCGCGUUUAAUUGUUUUUAAACAUUGGUUGUGCUCUUCUUCUUCUUCUUUUUUUUUACAUUUGUUUUGCAAUUAGUUUUGUACCUUACAGGUAUGUUACCUCUCCACAAAGACAAAACACACUCGUGUGGUUUUGUGCAGGGGAAAUUAAGUCCUCAGAUUGAGGGUACAAUGUUACAUGAUGUUUAUCUUUUUUGUUGAAUUCAUUUUUUGAAAUGAUGCAUUAUAUAUAUAUAUCUAUAUUUUAAAUUCUGUGCUGCUCCCUGUCAGGAGAUAAUAUGUGCUGGUUUGCACCUUUAGUUAGUGUCUCAAAGAACCCACAUUGGUGAAUCUCAUGAAAACAUGGCGCAUUUCAACCCAAAAUCAAUGGAAUUUUUAAGAAAUAAUAUUUUGCAAAAAGUUUUUAAAACAUUUUAAUCGCAUUUCAAUUUUUUUAUUGUCAAAUUCUUAUUACAUUUUGAAAGAAACUAAAAGAAUUUAAGGCAGUGGAACUACAAGUACAUUACAAUUCACUUUUUUCCUCAUCACAAAUUAUUAUAAUUUUUUUACAUUAUGGUUAUGCAAAUUGGUUUUAAUUGUGCUUGUCAUGAAAUAUUGUCAUCACAAUCUCAGUGGUCCUACAACAGGCUUGAUUUCUCGGAGCAAAAUAUAAUUUCUUAACUUUGAUUUGGGGAUUUUUGUGAGAUUUACCAAGACUGAUGUUCAUUUUCCCUUGUGCGUUGAGUCCCCUGCUGGUCAGGCUGUAGUCUUGGCAGUCAGUUUGCAGUUUCUGCCUCUAGUGGCAGUUUAUAUUUGCACAUGUGGACGUGACCUUGUACUUAUAAUAGCCAUGAUCACAGCUCUUUCAACCCUUCUGCAGUUUUAAAUCGGUGAAAGCAGAAGUAGUGGUUUUGUAAAUUCAAUAUUGGCAUCUAAUUAGUAGCAUUAUGAGAUGGCUGUUUCCUGAGAGAAUGCAGUUUGGUUGGAGGACAGGCCCACAUUUUAAGAACCCGUUUUGAGAAAUCAUUUCUAAAGAGGAGACUGUCAGAAGAAUUCAGUCCUGUUUUAUAGAUUAGAACCUAUAUUAACUGUGCCAUUACAGGGCUUUGUCAGUCAACAAUGGGAGUAUGACCAAGACAAUGUCAAAAACUGACCAGGGGAGCGUUUCCCAAAGCCAACUAAAGUCGGAGGUUCCAUUGUUUCAAACAAAGUUCAAAUGAAUUUGCGAUCAUAGUUGGCUAAACUGCAGUGUGCGUACAUUUUCACAAGUCUGCAUCCAUUCCAGAUCGAAAGGGAAGGUUGCUUGUUUUCAUCUAAUGUCAUCCCAUUGUUUUAGCAUCAUUAACACUAAACGCCACCGUCUUUCCCAGCAAUUCAACCAAAAAUGAUGACAGACAGAAAAAAAAGUGAAAUAUUCUUCUCUCUGAUCUGAGCUCUAGAGGUCGGUGUUAGGGAGCAUUUUGAAAGACCUUCACUUUGAAGGGCUUCUUUGCCUUAGGAGAGAGCGAGUGAGAACAAGUUUAAAUAGUUUAUCGUUUGUUUUUACUGCUUUUUGUUGUGCGAGUGUGGCCUUCAGUUAUCGUAAUACCCCAUGGUCAAAGUUGCUUUUAACGUUUUAUUUUCUGCAUCACCUAAAACUUGAUUUGUAAUGUUUGUAUUACAAAAAAUAAAAACAUGAAACACAAAAUAUUUAUACUUUUUGUAAAGAAAAAGAAUGUAAAACAAAAAAGUUAUUUUUAUUAUGUUAGGUGUACACGUCAUACUGUAUAUGUUGGUCAGUUCAUGAUUUGUUGUUUUUGUGAGUGUUCAUUACAACAGCAGAGAUAAAUAUUAAAUCCAUUUUGAAUACAGCCA